CGCCCUGUAUCAAAAAAAAAGAAUUUCUCGGUAUGCAUGCAGCUCCAUUGCAUAAAUAAUCCCAGCUCAUCGGCGUUAGGCUUAGCUGACGGCAAGCUGCAUACGCCACACUAUCGAACGGGACAGCAGUCGAGACAACAAGCCCACUCACGGCAGUGAUCGCCGGUUUACAUUUGCAAUGUCAGUCAUUGGAGGAAACGGAAUUGCCCCAGGUUUUGUCUCGAUAUCGAGAACCAUGAAAGAGGGCACAUUCUGUUCCUCCCGUCGCCCCCCCAUAACAAAUUAACAACACCUCGUCCACGAUAACGAGAACUAUUCUCUUGUUAAAGCUACAAUGGCAAGCUCAUCUAAUCUUCCCGAGCAGUCUCAGAUAUUUGAGCCUAACCAUGAAUCCGAGAGGCAACCGCUUCUUGGAAGGCCUGAUUUCUCUGAGAGGGCAGACAUCCUCAGAUACCUCUUUGCAAAAACCGGCAUCAUCGCCGAAAUAGGCGUCCUGAUCCUCUGCACUACCAUCUGGGCACACAUUUUCUCUAUUCCCUUCGCCUUCUUUUCGGGCCAUCCACUUGCCAUGUCCAUUGCCAUCUUCAUUCUCACACAAUCCGUGCUCGUUCAGCAACCUAUCACACCUGAAGACGGCGACAGCAAACGCCGGGGCCAGCAAAUUCAUGCCGCUCUCAACCUUUUCGCCUUCUUGGCGCUUGUCAUUGGGUUUACCAUUGUCGAAGUCACCGUGGCCCAGUUGCAAUCGGAUCACUUCCCCUCUACGCACUCAAUUUGUGGUGGACUGACCCUGCUUGUGCUCACAGCGCAGUAUGUGGUCGGCUUCACAAUGUGGAUGACGCCGUCGCUCUAUGGUGGUGAGGAUCGAGCGAAAUCACUUUACAAGUAUCAUCGCUAUCUUGGAUACUUGAUCCUUGUGAUGCUCCUUACGACGGUGUUUACAGCUACAUUGACGGGGUAUAAUACAGCAGUGCUGGGGAUUCCAUCGUGGGUAGCAGUCUUUGCGGCUGUUCUCAUUGUCGUUGGCGUAUUUCCGAGAAUUCAGAAGCAAAAGUUAGGCUUGCAGGUGGAGUAGCGGUCCAUAUCUUCCAGGCCACUCUAAUUUGUUCUCUUUGAGGUAGCCUUUGUCCAAGCCAGCAUUUUCGCAAAGGUACAGAGUUGGGUGACGGUAUGUUGAGAUACAUAAAUUGAUCCAAGCUUGUUUCGUCUAACUUUUUCAUGUAUCUAUGGUGCAUGAGGUUUACUACAUCAUUUCCAGGGUGUAAUACAUGUUGAACUCAUGAAAGAAGUAAUGUGUAACGGUCUCAACUGAGUAUAUUGACAACUAGCUGAGCG